UUUAUUUUUUUCAAUAAUAAUAUAUCUCAAUUAAUCAACUGUCAAAUGUCACAUGUCAAACAUAAAAAAGCCAAAUUUCCAUGAAGAAAAAAAAAUAAUAAUAACAAUAACAUUGAUGACACUAAAUGGACAGGAAGAAAAAAAUAAAAAAUAAUAAUAAAAUAAAGUGUUUGCAGACGCCACAUAUACAUAAAUUAUGUAAAAUAAUUUUAAAUAAUAAUUGUUAAAUUAAAAAUAGUAAAUUGUCGAAUAUCUUGUGAUUUGAUAAUUUGUGUUGACAAAAGGUUUAAAGGUUAAAAUAAAUUGAUAAAUAUUUACUGAUAAAAAUAAUAUAAAUUAUAACCGGCACGUGCGAUACAUGGAUUGGUUGUUUAAUUUGUCAUUGUCGUCGUCAUCAUCAACAUCAUCAAGAAAUGUCUAGUAUAAUUAUUUAAUAUUUAAUAAUAAAUAAUACUAAUUCGAUAAAUUGUUCAAUGAAAAACAUCAUCAACAUGAUGUGGCAUACUGGCUUGUUGAGCCUGUUGUUAGUAUCAUUAGUUGUUGGAAAUAUUGAUAACAAAAAACAUAAUAAAUAUGUGACAACAUUGAUCAAUGCAAAAUGGAAUGAAACACCAAUUGUUUUAGAAAUAUCUGAAUAUUUAAAUGAAAAAAAUCCAUCAUAUUUUUGGAAAUUCAUUGAUUCAGUAUCAAAUGAUAAUAAAAAAAAUGGUAAUCCAAUAAAUGAAAAAGAAGAAUAUGAUAGAUCAUUGUUAUUAGCUGGUGAAUUUUUAAGUAGUACUGAAAUUUCAUUAUUAAAAUUAACAUUAUCAUUGAGAAUUCAUUCAGCAAGAGUUGAAAUGUUUUCACAAAUGGCUGAAUUAAAAAAACAGGAUGUCAAUGCAAUUAAUAAUAAUAUUAAUGAUUGUCAUAAUUUUGUUGAUAUUAAUGGAAAAUUUACUUGCAAUAUUGCUGAAAUUGAUGAUAUUUUGUUGAAUUAUAAUUAUGAUGAAUUAAAAAAUGAUAAAAAUGAUAAUAAAACAUAUUCGAUUGAUCAUGAAUAUCCAAUUUUAUCAAAAACAACAUCAUCACUUCCAGUUGUAAUAUUAUACGGUCAAAUUGGUACUGAUGGAUUUAAUGAUUUUCAUGUAAAACUAAAGCAACUUACUGAUGAUAAAAAAAUUAAAUACAUUUUACGUCAUAAUGUUAAAAAAAGAUCUGAUAAUUUGUUGAGAUUAUCUGGUUAUGGUGUUGAAUUACAAAUGAAAUCAACUGAAUAUAAAGCAACUGAUGAUACUGAUAUUAAAGAUAAUAAUGAUAAUAAAAAUUCACAAGAUAAUAAUGAUGGUGUUGAAGAAAUUGAUGGUAUUAAUUUCAAUAAGCUUAAAAAAUUAUAUCCAGAUAAGCUAAAUGAACUUGAUAAAUUACAAAAUCAUUUAUUAGAUACAAGUGAUGAAAUAAGUGCAUUAAAAGUAUGGCAAUUUCAAGAAUUAAGUCAUCAAGCUGCACAAAGAAUAUUAUCAUCACCAUCAAUAGAUGCAAUUAAUGUAUUAACAGAUAUAUCACAAAAUUUUCCAAUGCAAGCAAAAUCACUUAUUAGAAUAAAAGUUAAUAAUGAAAUGAAAAAAGAAAUGAAAGCUAAUCAAGAAAUUUUUUUUUCAAAUUUACAUAUACAACCAAGUGAUACAGCAUUUUUUAUAAAUGGUUUAUUUUUUGAUUUAGAUAGUAUUGAUAUAUUAUCAAUAAUUGAUACAUUACGUUCUGAACUUAUUGUCAUGGAAUCAAUAUAUAAAAUUGGUAUUAAUAAUAAAAAAAUGGAUAAAUUAUUAUCACUUGAUUUAUCAAAUGGUAAUUCUGAUAAUCAAGAAUUUGCAAUUGACAUUAGAGACACAGCAAUUAUUUGGAUAAAUGAUUUAGAAAAAGAUUUACGUUAUAAUAGAUGGUCAUCAUCAUUAACAUCAUUAUUACGUCCAACAUUUCCUGGUAUGUUAAGAAACAUACGUCGUAAUAUGUACAAUUUAGUAUUAAUUAUUGAUCCAUUAUCUGAAUUAUCAAAACCAUUAUUAAGUACUGUUGAAGCAUUACAUUCACAUUCAGCUCCAAUACGUGUUGGUUUUGUAUUUUUAACAAAUUCAAAUAAAUUAUUAACUGGUUUUAAUGAUCCAAGUAUUGCUGUUAAUAAUGCAUAUCAUUAUUUAGCUGAUACAAAAGGACAUAAACAUGCUGUUGAAUUUUUAUCAUCAUUAUUAACAUAUAAAAAAAAUAAAGAUAACAAAACAUAUAAAUUAACUGUUGAUGAUAUUAAAAAAUUACUAUUAAAACGUGAUUCAUCAGCAAAUGUUGAUUAUAUAUUUGAUGAAGAAUCAGAGUAUGAUGUUGGACGUUAUCUUGCAAAUGAUUUUAUAAAACGUACUGGUUUUAAAAAAUUUCCACAGGCAUUAAUGAAUGGUAUACCACUACCAUCAACAUCUACAUCUGAUGCUGAUUCAUUUGAAGAAACAGUACUGUCAUCAAUUAUGACACAAACACCAAUAUUACAAAAAGCUGUUUAUAAAGGUGAAGUUAAUGAGGGUGAUAAUAUUAUUGAUUUCAUUAUGGAACAACCAAAUGUCAUGCCAAGAUUAAAUGAAAAAAUACUUAAAAAUGAUCCAACUCAAUGGCUUAAUUUAAUUGGUAAUGUACAAACAAUUAAUAAUAAUAAUUUAAUUAAUUGGAGUAUUGAAGAUACAUCAGCAUGGAUUAUGAAAAAUUCAAAUUAUUUAUUAAUGCAAAAACGUAAUAAUAAAAUUAAACAUUAUCAUUAUACAUAUUGGAUUAUUGUUGAUUUAGAAAAUAAAUAUUCUCGUAAAUUAUUACGUGAAGCUAUCCAUCAUCUUGAAACAACAUCAGACGUUAGAAUGACAAUAAUAAUUAGUAAAAAAUAUGAUAAUAAUAAUUUAAAUAAUAUUAAUAAUUAUGCAUUAACAUUAUUAAAUACAAAAAAAUCAUUGUCAAAAGAUAAAUUAAUUUUAUAUAUGAAAAAAUUAAUUCAAGAAGAAACAUAUGAUAAUAUUAUUAAUAAUAAAUUUAAUUAUAAUGAUUAUGAUGAUAUUUUAUAUGAUAAUAAUAAUGAAAAUGAGCUAAUGUUAAAUGUACAUAAUUAUUUUGUUGAUAUUAUUGCUGAUAAUAAUUUAUUGAGUAAUAAAUUUGGUGUUAUUUGUAAUGGUAGAUUGAUUGGUCAAUUUGAUGAUGAUGAAUUAUUUACACGUGAAGAUUUUUCACUUCUUGAAAAAUAUAGUUACAGUACGUAUGGUGAAAAAUUAAAUAAAAUAAUUGAUGAAAUUGAAACAUUUACUGAUGAUGAUGAUGAAGAAGAGGAUGAUAAUGAUGUUGAUGAUUUUAAAAUGAAAGAAAUAACAGAUGAUACUAUUAUGCAAAUAUCAUCAUUACUUGUACCAAGACAACAAACAAGAAUACGUUAUGAAAUACCAUCAAGUGGUGAAAAUCAUAGUGUUGUUAAAGUAAAAGCAAAUGAUAAAAAAAAUGUUGCAUUUAAUUUAGUUGGUAUUGUUGAUCCAGUAUCACGUGGUGCACAAAAACUUGGUGCAAUAUUAAGUACAUUACAAAAAUCAUUAAAUUGUAAUAUUAAAAUAUAUUUAAAUUGUGUUGAUAAAAAUAGUGAUAUGCCAUUAAAGAGUUUUUAUAGAUUUGUAUUUGAUUCUGAAUUACAAUUUACAAAUGAUGGUAAUGUUGCUGGUGCUGUUGCUAAAUUUACAAAAUUACCAACAUCAUCAUUAUUAACACAAUAUAUUCAUGCACCUGAAAAUUGGCUUGUACAAGUUGUACAAAGUGUUUAUGAUUUGGAUAAUAUUAAAUUGGAUAAUGUUGCUAUUGGAGUACACAGUGAAUAUGAACUUGAAUAUUUACUUCUUGAGGGACAUUGUUUUGAGGCAUCAAUGGGUAAUCCACCACGUGGAUUACAAAUGACACUUGGUACAGAGAUACAACCAGUUAUGGUUGAUACAAUUGUCAUGGCUAAUCUUGGUUAUUUCCAAUUAAAAGCAAAUCCUGGUGAAUGGUUAUUACGUUUACGUCAAGGUAGAUCAUCAGAAAUUUAUGAUAUUAAUUCAGUUGAUGGACAAGAUGCCAUACAAAAUGGUAAUCAAGUUAAAGUACUUAUCAGUUCAUUAAAAAGUCACGUAUUAAAACUCAAGGUUACUAAAAAACCUGAUAAACUUGCUGUUGAUUUACUUGGUGAAGAUGAUAAAAAAUCUGGAAUAUGGAAUUCAAUAUCAAGGACAUUUGGCAGUGAAGAUGGUGAAGAAAAAGAAGAAAAAAUAAAUAUAUUUUCAUUAGCAUCUGGACAUUUGUAUGAAAGAUUUUUAAAAAUAAUGAUGUUAAGUGUUCUAAAACAUACAAAAAGUCCAGUAAAGUUUUGGUUUUUAAAAAAUUAUUUAUCACCAACAUUAAAAGACUUUUUACCUCAUAUGGCUGAAGAAUAUGGUUUCGAGUAUGAAUUAGUUGAAUAUAAAUGGCCAAGAUGGUUACAUCAACAAACUGAAAAACAACGAACAAUAUGGGGAUAUAAAAUAUUAUUUCUUGAUGUAUUAUUUCCAUUGGAUGUUAAAAAAAUAAUAUUUGUUGAUGCUGAUCAAGUUGUACGUGCUGAUUUAAAUGAACUAGUUGAAUUAGAUCUUGAAGGUGCACCAUAUGCUUAUACACCAUUUUGUGAUAGUAGAAGAGAAAUGGAUGGUUUUAGAUUUUGGAAACAAGGAUAUUGGAAAACACAUUUACAAGGAAGAUCAUAUCAUAUUAGUGCACUUUAUGUUGUUGAUUUACAACGUUUUCGUAGAAUUGCUGCUGGUGAUAGAUUAAGAGGACAAUAUCAAGCAUUAAGUUCUGAUCCAAAUAGUUUAUCAAAUCUUGAUCAAGAUUUACCAAAUAAUAUGAUACAUCAAGUUGCCAUUAAAACAUUACCACAAGAUUGGCUUUGGUGUGAAACUUGGUGCAGUGAUAAAUCCAAAAAAAAUGCUAAAACAAUUGAUUUGUGCAAUAAUCCACAAACAAAAGAAGCUAAACUUCAAGCUGCCAUGAGAAUAUUACCAGAAUGGACUGGUUACGAUGAUGAAAUAAAAAAAUUACAACAAAAAAUUGAAAAUUCAAAUAAAUUACAUGAAGAAGAAGACAAAGUUGAUACAGAUAAUUUGGAGAAACACGAAGAGUUGUAAUAAUUUCCAGUUGAAUUCAACAAUAAUAAUUUACGUACAUGUAGAAAUAAUUUGUACAAAAAAAAAAAUGGAUUUUAAUUCAAUUUACUAAUAAAUAAGUUUCAUAAUUAAAUAAUAUUUUUAUUAAAAUAUCUCUGUACCAUCAACAAAUCAAGGUAAAUUUUUUUCAAUAAUAAAUAUCACAGUAAAAAUUAAUUCAUUCU